GGCCACUAUGAGCGGAGGACGUUGUUGGCUCGGGCUAAUGGCAAGGAGAGGUCAGGCUGGCCAUGGCACUGAGGCCGUAGGCAAAAGGUGCUGAGUCGCUAGUCGCAGGGGCUUAGAGGCCGCACACGGCCAUGGCGCAAAGUCGCCAGCCACCUAGCUGCUAGCAUAGAGGUUGUGCGGGGCUGCGGGCUACAAGAGCCCUUGGUGCUAGCUCAUCGGUUAUAGGCGUGCUCACUAGCCGUGGAUCCCAUCGCCUAGCCCCAGAGAGGAGCCGGCGUAGAGCCGAGCGCAGGGGCCGCAUGGGGUUGCCGGCCACCAAACUAGGAGCGAGGAGUCGAUGUACUCGUUCCCUAGUGUUUUCUCUUCUCCUGCAGCCAUAGCGCUGCCACGGCACCGUUCCCUAGAGCGGCACAAUGUUCGGUGAGCGGCGGUGGGCAUGAUAGCGACCAAGGUGGGGAUGAUGACCUACUUUGAGCCGGAGAUGGGAAAGCCGGUGCCGGUGACCAUCGUCGGGUUCUGGGAGGGUGGCAACAUGGUGACGCAGGUGAAGAAGACGGCCGCCACAGGCAGGUGCAUCUAUCACGGCCACAGAAGAAAGAAAUGGACCAUCCUGAUAACAUUUCUACACCACAAAGGAUGUCCAUGCCAUCAUCUGAGCAACAAAUGAUAGAUGAAUUUUGGAGGGAGAAACAAGAAGAAAUUGAGGCCAUUGAUGACUUCAGCAAGCGUGCAAUUCCCAUGACCUGUCUAAAAAAGAUCAUAUGUGCCGAGAAGGGUAAAAUGAUGAUGACAUUCGACACGCCAUCCUUCGUCACAAAGGCAUGUGAGAUAUUUGUGCAGGAACUUUCACUUCGCUCUUGGAUAUGUGCCAAUUCCCACCAUCGGGAUAUCAUACUAGACUCUGAUAUUGCUGAGGCUAUUGCCUCCAUGGAGUCAUAUGUUUUUCUGAAUGAUGUUCUAUGCAAACAUCAGGCAGAACACAACUCAGCCCAUCAUCCAAAGUCUAUUAAGAAGAGUAGUCACAAUAGGUUGACAGAUCAACCACAGACAUCCGGUCAUCCUCGUUACAAUAAGUACCCAAUGCCACAAUUUAUUUCUCAGUCUGCAAGGUAUCCCCUCUUUGCUCUUCCUCCUCCUUUGCCACCAACAAAUGAUUACCAUGUGCCCCUACCCUUGCGGUUCCUACCACGAGGAGCAUGCCCCUUGAUGGCAACCACAAUCACACAGACACCAGUUCUGGGUGGAACAAUACAUCAUUUGCCUAAUAUCCCAAAUGAGGGCUACAUGAGCAGAACUCCUUCGAUGGACACAUAUUAUGUUGAGAGUGCUAGCAAAAAUAAUGUUGUCUCUCAAGAUGGAGAUGUGACAUUCCAUUACCCUUUUGUUCCUCCAGUAGCAUGGAAAUCAUUAUCCAUUCCACCAGUGGCUAAUAGCAAUGGCCCUAUUUCCACUGGAAUCAUUGAGUUGCAUCAUACAAAACAGUUGGUUGCACAUAUGGGAAAUACCACACAUGCUUCUCAUCUAAAUGUUACGCAUGGAAGGUUAGACACAGAAGUCAUUUCUACUACAAAUCUGAAUGGGAAGAAUAACGAACAUAUCAAUUGGGAUGAGACUGAUAUGGCUGACGAUUCCCUGCUGAUGGAGUUUUGGGAGGACGUCAUGAUGGAGGAAGACCGAUCAACUUUGCCAGACACUACCUCCUCCACUGUUGGUAUUGUUCCUGUUCCUUGUGAUAAGCCAGACCCUGAGGGAUUUGAUCCCGAAUCAUUUCUUGUUGAUGACAUUAUCUUCGAUGAAAGUACCAACAAGGAGGCAUAACUAGAAUGAUUGUGGUCAUGGGUAGGAAGCAGGAAUAGAUAUGUUGGUACAAGUGUGUUGUACCAGGCUUAUUUCUAUAUAUGUAAGGGAAGUUAAAUAAUGUAUAUCUAUUCUUGACUGAAAUCAUUUCUCUAUA